CCUGGCUAGGAGGCGGCCGUUCAACCCGUCACCCUUGCUCACACUUCUUUAAUACUCCUCACUGUUCCUCAGGCGUUUGGGGAAGCUCGUCAAUCCCUUAACAGGAGCUCGGAGGCAGACGCGCUAAGACCUCUGAGGAGGCGUGGCUCCGGACCGGAAGAACCUCCGGUUGCCGGGGGAACGCCACGCACCCGAGGCGCCUGCCCAGCCACUGAUACUUGGACUGAGGAAGAGGCUACAACCCCUUUACCCAAGUUGUGGAGGCGGCUUUGCUCUGGUCCGGGCAUCCUUUCUGUGGAGGCCUGGAGAGAAAGGUACCCAGAGCGCCCGCACCACAUUCCCAUCCCCGAGACGGAGACGAGCGUUCAUUCCUGUUCUUCAGCAGCUCCCGGGCCCACGAGAGUAACCGCAAAGAGCAGCUGAUUUGUGAAUCCUUGCCUCACAUUAUGGGAUUGCUAGACAGACUUUCAGGCUUGCUUGGCCUCAAAAAGAAGGAGGUUCAUGUUUUGUGCCUUGGGCUGGAUAAUAGUGGCAAAACAACAAUCAUUAAUAAACUUAAACCUUCAAAUGCUCAGUCUCAAGAUAUAGUUCCAACAAUAGGAUUCAGCAUAGAGAAAUUCAAAUCGUCUAGUUUGUCUUUUACAGUGUUUGACAUGUCAGGUCAAGAAAGAUACAGAAAUCUCUGGGAACACUAUUAUAAAGAAGGACAAGCCAUUAUUUUUGUCAUUGACAGUAGUGAUAGCUUAAGAAUGGUUGUGGCCAAAGAAGAACUUAAUACUCUUCUGAAUCACCCAGAUAUUAAGCACCGUCGAAUACCAAUCUUAUUCUUUGCAAACAAAAUGGAUCUUAGAAAUGCAGUGACAUCUGUAAAAGUAUCUCAGUUGCUGUGUUUAGAGAACAUCAAAGAUAAACCAUGGCAUAUUUGUGCUAGUGAUGCCAUAAAAGGAGAAGGAUUGCAAGAAGGUGUAGACUGGCUUCAAGAUCAGAUCCAGGCUGUGAAGACAUGAAAAAAUAGUAUUUGGAAACCUCAACAGUUUUCAAUUCAAGAAAUAUAUAUUAAGGCAAACUGAAUAUUUUACAUUUUUUAAAGGUGUCUUUACAUCUAAGAAUACUUUAUAAUCUUCUACUUGCAUUUAUGGACUGUUAAUGAGGUUUUUAAGAAGAUAGGACUUCAGGUAUGCUAAUCUGCCCAUUAAUGAUAUCAAAACUAAAUCUUCCCUCCAAAGAGCUCCCUCCCUAGAUUUAUCAACUUCUUGGUAAAGGUCUACAUUUGAUUAUAAUUAGACUGUUUAUAAAGUCAGAGUUAUCUCAGUACCCCAUCAUGAUUAAUGAUAUCUUUAAUGCAUUUUAUUUUUUAAUUGUCAUCCAAAAAUAUAGUUUAUUAUAUGACUUUGUAGUAUGAUGUGCUUGUGAAAAAGAACUUUAAAUAUUUAUAAGGGUCCUUGGGUAAAUUAAUAUAUAUUAAAGCUUUACUAUAUGUCACCAUCAACAUAACAUAAAAUGUAAUGUACCAACUAGUGUGCUUUGUAUGCCGAAAAGAAUAAUGCUAUGUUAAUAUGGCAUUUGGUGUUUUACUGUCAAACAUUUGCAAAUUAUCUGAGACCAAGUUAAACAGAAUUCAUUUAUUCAGUGAAUACAUAUGAAACAUCUCUGUAUCUGUACUAGUUUGGUAUUGUCCUAGGCAAUGGUGAUAUAAGGUGAAUAAAACAUGUUGCUUAUCCUCAGAGAACUUAAAAGAUAAUGAGGGAAAAUUUGAGAAUCUUUUCUUACAUAGUGUUUAAUUUAUUUCAUUGGCUGAAUGAAAAUAUUGCAUUUUAAGAUUAGUUAUUACAGUUGAUUUUAUUCUUUCUUCUUUUAAAUUGUGUCCAGUUUACUGUGGUACUUUGUUAAAAUAGACUGUGACUCAUCAACUAUGAUUUUCCUGUGCAUGAACUGCUGCAAAAAUGUUCUUUAGAAUUUUAAACAUACUUCUGCCAUCUACUGUUUGCAAAUUGUGUUGCUUCUCACAACUUAGAGACUACUUGAAAUUGUAAACACUAAAUAGAAGCAUUCGUUUUUAAUCAAAUCAAUCACUGGGGAACUGUGGAUAGAGCAGUGGUGUAAAUCCUGAAAAAUAUCCCAUGUAAAGGAAAACUAAUAUACAGUACGUAGCAUCUUAAAUAUCCUUAGCUGUGAAAGUGAAAGAAACAGAAGGCAAAAGGUAAAUGAGUAAUAAAGGUGUAUUACAGUGACUACAGUAGUGGCAUGUUUCACAGAAAUUUGAAUAUAAUCAUUUUAAAACUAUAGUAAAAAUUGUAUAAUCCAGUUUCUCUUAGUCCAGAAAUCCCAGUGAUUUGGAAUUUGGCAAAUUGAAAAUUACCCAGACUAUUCCAGUGAUCCAGCAUUUUAGCUAGCUUGCCAACUUCUCAUAAAUGGUUUUGAUGAGGAUACAAGAUGAGUCUCAUUAAUCUAGAGUUGCUUCAAAUAUAAAAAAGAUGUGAAGAUGAAAACACUGUAAUUCAACAAAAAAUCUGAUACGCUGUAACUAUUUUAGGAAGAUGGAGAAAGUGGUGGUGUAAGAGAAUUCAAAUCCUUACCUACCAUAAGGUAACAAUAAUAAUAGCUAUCAUUGUAUUUUGAGCAAAAUAUUAUUACACAUAUGGUAUUGUGCAUCUAUCCUGACAAUAACCUUAGGUAGCAGAUUCUAGUAUUUGUUUUACAGACAAGGAAAGGACCUAAAAAUGUUGUUUGUUUAGGUCACAGAGCUAGUAAAUGGUGGUUCUGGGAUUCAGAACACAACAAUCUGUUUAAAAUAGGUGAUUCAAGAGCUAAGAGUAAUACUGAUUUUAGAAAUAUAGAGAUAUCUGCCAUAAGAAUAGCUAAAAGGAUAGAAAAGUCUUCACUGGGGUGGGAGACUAGGAUGGGUGUGGAGGAGGUCAUGGACAAGGGACUACUGUUUUAUUUAUUUAUUUUUGCUUUUUGUUUUAAGUCUGUUAACACUUCAAAUUUUAAACUGGGCAGAAAUGACUAUGAUAAGAAUAAUUCUUCAAACUCUGUUAAUACUGAGCUAAUUAGUAUUCCACAGACUACAGUAGUCCAUGCCUAUGCAAAUACGUAGAAGAGGGUACUGACUAUUUCCUUUGUUUCCAUAAUCUCCAAAUCUAGUUUAUAAACAUCCAUUCGUACUCUGUGUUCAUUUAAAGAUUAUGUAGAAGCAAGUUGGGCUUUAGCGGUCACAGCAUGCUAUAUAAGUGUAUAUACACUGAGGGUAUUGCAUUUGUAUUUAACAUAUUAUGCAGUUAAAAUGUAUUUAGGCUAAAGCAAGGGUUUUUUUAAUGUUUAGACAUCAUUGUGUUACAAAAAUUAAUUCAUUAUGCUCUGCAUUUCAAUAUGACACCUCAUAAAAUGUUGAAAAGUUAGCCUGUUGUAUAUUUUGCAUUUAAAUGUUUAUAAUGUGGCCCUAUUCAGCCUGUGCCUUAUAAAUCACAAAAGAGCUGAGCUGUGUAUAUUUUUCAUUUGUAGGUUGUCUGCUAAAAAUUAUGAAUUAUCUUCUGAUUAUUUAUUUAUUUCCUUUGAAAUUUUCAGCCCACCAUGUUGUGAUUUCUAUAAAUAUAUGCAGUUACCCUUGAGAAAACUUAAGGCAAAUACAUGCUGCAUGUAACUCUGGUACAUUAAAAUACUGUGCAUUUUAACUGA